AUUUCAGCGUUUGCAUCGAAAAGAUGGAUAACUUUAGUAUCGAUAAUAAUCUCCCCUCGCUGUGUAGGGUUUGUGCUAAAACGAACGAAAAUUUGGUGCCAAUCUUUUCAACGCUGGAGGAUGUGCUCGUCGCAAGCAUCAUCACGGAGUUCACCGCCGUUGAGAUUUCCAAAGACGACGGUCUUCCGGAGCAUGUAUGUGCCGGUUGUGUGGAUGAUAUUAAACAGUUUAUAGCAUUCAUCGAACGGGCGAGAAACUCGGACCGCUGUUUGAGAAGAAUGUUCAAGACUGUGGUGAAAGUAGAAUCUGACAAGGCGAACGAUACCGCAGACGAGAAUGACUGCAGUCCGGCUUUGGAGGAAAUACAGUUGGAAGAGGCUAAGAUCGAAUCCCAGUCUCAGUGUAGCGAGAGUGAAAUGCAGUACUUUGAAAAAGCCGAUUGCUCUAGUUAUUUUGGAGACGAUCGAUCGCAGGAAGAGUCUAAGACCGACAACAACACCAACGAUGAUAAUCCUGUUGUCGAGAAAAAAAGAAGGAGGAGGCGUAAACCGUGCGCCGAAGGCGAAGCGGAAAGUGAAACUCAAGAAUUGGAGCAACUGGAUGAGAUUGAAAUGCAAGUCUUCCAGGUGGUUGACGUCGGCGAUCAAAUCCUCUGCUGUACAUGCUUAAAGUUGUUUGACACAGCCGCCGAAGUAAAACAACACAGCAUGAAAGAACACGCCCCAAGCAGAAGAAUCAAUUAUUCGAAAAAACACAAGUGUGAACUCUGUCUGCGUAUGUACUGUUCGGCCCCAGCUUUGAAAUUACACCGUAAAAAAGUCAGCGGCAUUAAAAAGGUUUACGACUGCUUGAGGUGCGAUGCUCGGUUCGCGGCUAGCCAAUCGCGUCGUAACCAUGCCCAUCAUCACCCAGCAGUCAAAAUAAAAUCAUCCAUCAUUGUCGCCCCAAUACCGAUUGAUGCUCAUGAAAAGUUGGGUAAAAUUUGCUGUUCUCGCCAGUGUUAUGAGGCUUUUGAAACAGAGGAACAACUGCUAAACCAUGCGGCUAAGGUCCACAGAGCAAACAAAAUCUAUUCCGAUUUGGUCGAUAAUGAACUGCGACCCGUAGAAUGUCCAAUUUGCUUCAAACGCUUUGCGGACGAAAAUGGGCUUAAGUGCCAUCAGCAAAGAAUCUACGCACCCAGAAAGUACGUGUGUUCGAUCUGCGGGAAAAAGUUCCACGGUUGUAACGAACUGCAACGGCACGAGCGUGAGCAUCGAAACGAAAAGAUCUUCGAAUGCAAACUUUGUCCGAAGGCCUACUAUGGAAUGGAACAUCUGAAGGCACACAUGAAACGGCAUACGGCGACCAGGGAGCACAUGUGCACCAUCUGCGGUCAGUCGUAUCUUCAAAAGCACGGCCUGCAAACGCACAUGCUAAUGCACGAAGGCAAGCUUCCGUUCGAGUGCGAUAUAUGUGAGAAAGCGUUCCGGACGAAGGCCAAGCUAAUGUACCACAACCGGGUGCACUCGGGAGAAAAGCCGUUCCCAUGUCGAUACUGCGAUAAGGCUUUUGCGGAUGGCACCAACCGAAUGCGGCAUGAAAUGUCUCACACUGGUGUUAAACCGUACAAAUGCGAUCAUUGCGAGAAAACGUUCAUCACCAAACGACUGAGAAAGGAGCAUGAAAAUACCCAUAGAGAUCGAAAAACAUUUCAGUGCCCGGAAUGUUUGAUAUCGUUCAGCUCUAUCAAUGCUCUGGAAAGCCAUAACACGACGGUGCAUUGUGAUACGUUAGAGGUAGUUUACACUGAUUGAUAGUAAUGAUGCUGAAAUCUAACGGUUGGAAAAUACAAAUGUGUUCUUUAAAAGUAAGUAAUGUCUCACUCAGCUCUUCGAGCUUAAUU